AAAUCCAAGUGCGCCAAGUGCAAACUGUUGGUGUUAUUAUUUUAAAUAAAACAAAAGAUAUAUAAUUGGAUUCUUGUUGGGUGCGCGUCCGUUGUUUGUUUGAUUAUUUUUGUUUUUUCGUUGUUGGUGCGAUGGAGGACACGAAAUCAGAGUUGAGUUUGAAAUCUUCAAAAAUCUCGUUCAGCGUCGAAUCUCUCCUCUCGAAGACGCCCAUCAACAUUAACAACAACAACAACAAUAGUAUAAGUAUAGUGAAGAGGGAGGAGGACGUCGAGGAUGAGGUCGAGGCUAGGAGAAGGCUUCAUCAGCACUUUCAUCAUCACCUUGGCAUCAGCAAUGAGGAUGUUAUCGUUGGUAACGAUGACGACGAACCGGAGGAGGAGGACGAGGACGCGGACAUCACCGUCGACGACGUAGACACCGACGAUCUGGAGAGUCGCGGCAGUUUAAGUCCGAACUCGUCGACGGGAUCACAUCACGUUGUUGUUCCGCAACCUCUGCAUCCCUCGAUGAGGAUGAUGGCCGCACAGUCGGCGGCCGCAGCUGCAGCAGCCGCCGCCGCCGCUUCACAUUGGCCCUUCGGCCCUUGGAUCGGCUCACACAACGCGAUGCUCAGAUCGACAUCCCCGCAAACAAAUCUUCCGAACAUCGGUCAAAACCCGGGCCAACCGAUGGUCAGAUGCGCGUUGAGGAAGCACAAACCCAACAGAAAACCACGCACCCCGUUCACCACUCAACAACUUUUGGCGUUGGAGAAGAAGUUCCGGGACAAGCAGUACCUGAGCAUCGCCGAGCGGGCGGAAUUCUCCAGUUCCCUCCGAUUGACCGAGACGCAAGUGAAGAUAUGGUUCCAGAAUCGAAGGGCGAAGGCGAAGAGGCUGCAGGAAGCGGAACUGGAGAAGCUUCGUUUGUCAGCGCGCCCCCUUCUGCCGCCCACUUUCGGUCUGUUUCCGUCGGCGGCGGCGGGCGGCGCCCCCGGUCACGUGAUAUCACCGUUCCUCGCGGCGAUCGCGCACCGGCCGCCCCCGCACCAUCCCCAUCAUCCACAUCAUCAUCCGCAUUUCGCGGCCGCCGCCGCCGCCGCCCACAGUUUCGCGGCGGCGGCCGCAGCCGCGAACCAGCAGGAGGCGCUGCUCAACAUGCCACACUGAUGCGGGCAACCAAAUCAACAUCAUCAUCAUUAAUUAUUAUUUAAUUUUCGCGAACAUAUGCAAACAUACAUACAUACGAGUACCACCAAAAGAUGACUACUACUACUACUACUGCGCCACACCACACCGAUACUUGUCACUUUGCAUUCGAUCGAGUGAAAUUUUGUGAUUCCUGUAAAGUGACUUUUCUUUUUCAAGUGAUGCACGUGCACUUGGCAAGUAUCGCGUGCAUUCUGUUCUGUAGUAGUCUCAAACUCGGAAAAAGUUUCAUAAGACUGAUGUACAUUUCGUUUGUUCCUUCUCCAUCUCUUUUUCUUUCAAUUCAAUUGUUUCCCAUGUACAUAAAUUCCCUCCUCCUCCUAUUCUUCU